AUGUCAGAUUAAGAAAAGAACUUGGAACCUCCUCAGGACUAACCAGAUCAAGAACAAUCACUCUUGCAACAAGCUCUAGAUAAUAGAUAAGUUUUUGAUUCGGAAAUUUAAUAAUAAAUUCAGAAAGAUGCUUUUGCCUUAAAGAUGGAAUCUAAUAUUAAAGAAGAAGAAUUAGGAAUGAUGAAGAGGGAUAUAAUCAAGAGGAGGAAGAAGAGGGAAAAGAAGGAGAAGUUGAUAUCUGCAAGAAGAUUAAAACGAUUGUUGAAAAAGAAACCUGUUGAUAAGAUUAGAUUAGUUUACUAAGCUUAUUUCUUCCUAGUUAGUAUCGCCGUACUCACACUAAGUAUAUUAUCAUACAGAGAUCAAACAGUUUACGAAGGAGAUUAUCAAUAAUUCGUUGACAAUGUUAAGUCCUAUGUAAUUGAUGAUAUUCAAUUCACUUAUACUAAUAAAAAUUGCAAAACUCAAUUCGGAAGUCAAGUAUUUUUUUAUUCAUAUCUUAGUAUUCGUCCCUUUAUGAAUAUAAUUGGCCAGGUACGAAGAUUGGAUGUGAUUGCAGUAAAGGAUUUAAUUUCUCUUCAUUAACAGAUUAUAAUAUUGAUGCGUUUUUCAGCGAAUCCUUUAUGCUUGGCCGUAUUUGCAGUUAAGACUUGCUCUCAAAGAAUUGUAAUACAGUGAACGAACAACAACCUAAAACCUUUAACUCAUGGAAUGAUGGAUCAUAUGGAAGACGUAUCGUUAUGCUUCAAUUUUAUUAGCCUUUGUCUUGUGUGCCAGAAGAAAAAUUGGAAUUGAUUUACAAUCUAACUCAACAAAUUGUCAAUCUGAUCACAAAGUCUGUGGAACAGGUGAUAAUUCAUUUUGUGUCCCCUCCGAUACCAGUUGUCCUAUAUCAGAAAUUGGAUUUACUACCAAUUCAAAUUAUUAAAAUUUAUCAUUAAAAAAUAAUACAAGUAUAGGAGACAUUUUUGAUUUGGGAUCAGGAUUCUAUUUUUAUUAUAUCAAAAACACUUCAAGUUUACCAAUUGUAGAAUUUAGAGUUACUGAAGGUGACAAAGUAUGUAGAAGGAAUUUAGAUCAAAAUAUUUCACCUAACCGAAUAGAUUAUCCUUUAAUGGUAUCCAUGAGAAGACAAUGCGAAAAUACUGAUCAACUCUUCUAAGUUAUCCAUUCUAUCGAUGAAGAGUAAUUUUAUCUUUCCAAUAAUGUAAUUUAUUUAUCUGAAAAAUUACCUUAUUUUAACAUUGAUACCAAAUAUAAUUGGACACUUCAUGCUAAAACUUUUAUUCCUUGGGCACCUCAAUGUCGAGGUGAGUUAUUUGAUUAGGUUUUACAAGAAGGAGCUACUUUGCAUCAUGUUUACACAUCUUUAAGAGUUUAACUAGGAGUGACUAUUGCCUAUUUUAUUGUUAUUGGCCUUAUUUUUAAUAUUGUUGGAACGAUGACUGCUUGCAACUUUGCUUGGUCUUGUAUGGCAAGUAAUAAAUUAUUAAUUAUCAUUAUAGCUAAGCCUGAAUCUUAAUAUAAUUAUAUUUUCCUAAUGGAAAUUGGAUUCAAAAUACUAUUAUAAAUAGCUGAAAUAAUAGUUAUAAUAGUCUCCUUUGUGAUUAUAGAUGACAAAAGAAAGAUUAUUAAAUAAAUUAAUGAUGAUGGAUGCGUAUCUGAUCCUGUUAGUGGCUAUUUCUUUACUAAUUUGGAAAGUGAUUUAACUAAAUUUGCUUGGUCUUACAAUCUAGCUAAUUUAGUUAUAUUCGCAGUUACUCUUAUUCUUGAUCUAAUCAUAAUUAAACACUCAAUUAAUCAAGGACAUCAUCAUGGAGCCAAAAAACACCAUGAAAAAGGAGAACAUUAAGAAUUAGAUAUUGGAUCUCAUGGUGAAUCAGGAAAUUAGUAAGAAAUUAAAAGUGAUGUAAAACUCUAAGCUAAGACAGAGCCUCAAGUAUGA